UAUCGACUCCUUAGAAGGUCAUAAAAUGAUUCUCCUUUUACUUAUACUAACAAUCAUAACUGGGAUAUAUUUCCUAAACUUAAAUUACCAAUAUUGGAAAAAACGUGGAGUGCCAGGACCCAAACCAAAAUUUUUCGUGGGUAACAUGCUAGAAAAUUUCCUUGUAAAAAAAUCACCAGCGGAGGUAUUUGCUGACAUUUACAGACAAUAUGAGAACGCACCCCUUGUUGGAAUUUUUCGCGGAUUUAGUCCAGCUCUCCUAAUCCGAGACCCUGAACUAAUCAGAGAUAUAACAGUAAAAUCAUUUCAACAAUUCCACGAUAACGAUCUUUUCCUAGAUAAAGACGUCGAUCCUCUUUUAGGACGAAAUCCCUUCUUUGCGAAAGGGGACGAAUGGAAAACUCAUCGCACGGUGGCAACACCAGGCUUCACAAGCGGAAAAAUGAAAACAAUUUAUCCGUUACUAGAACACGUGAGUCAAGAAUUUAUCAAAUAUGUUGAAAAAGUUACAAAAAAUGGGGCCUGUCAUGUCAAGAAUGUUUGUAUGCGAUUCACUUUAAACAACGUAGGAAGUUGUGCUUUCGGAAUUGAAGCCAAAUGUUUCGAAGAAGAAAAUAAUGAGUUUAAACAGAUCGCUGACCGGUUUUUUGCACCAGAAGAUUGGCAAAACAUCAAAGUAUUUAUAAUUUCCAUUUUGCCAUUCUUGGCAAAACUGAUUUCAAUCAAGUUUACACCCAAGGAUGUUGAAGAAAAAUUGACAAAUAUCGUGGUUCAAAUUUUAAAAUACCGCGAGGACAACAAUAUUGUCAGAAACGACUUUUUGCAAAUCCUCCACCAAAUCAAGAAGAAGGAUCCCAACUUUACAAAUGUUGAUAUAACAGCACAUGCGGCUGGUUUCUUCGGCGACGGUUACGAAACCAGUUCCAUAGUCAUGCACUUUAUAUUAUAUGCACUUGCCUCAAAUCCUCAAACUCAAUCCAAAUUGCGUGAAGAAGUGACGAAAGCUUUUGAGGAGAACCACGACUCGUUGCCGUAUGAAGAGUUACAAAAGUUGCAAUAUUUAGAUGCUGUUUUUAACGAGGCCCUUCGACUAUAUCCCCCUUUGGGUGCUCUAAUCAAAGUCUGUACCAAACCCUACACCUACACUCCGAAAAAUGGUGAAAAACCAUUCGUUAUCGAACCUGAAACACGUGUUAUUUUGCCAUUGAUUGCACUUCAUCGUGACCCCAAAUAUUUCGAAGAGCCGGAUUCGUUUAAACCUGAGCGGUUUUUGGUUAAGGAAAACAUCACGAAAUAUACGUUUAUGCCCUUCGGGGAAGGGCCAAGGGCUUGUUUAGUUAUUUUAGGACAAAGAUUUGGGACACUGCAAGUUAAAGUGGGAGUUGCCUAUGUUAUUAAAAAUUUUGAAAUUUCAGUAAAUGAGAGAACUAAACUGCCGUUGGAAUUUGAACCAACGUAUUUUUUGGUGUUACCAAAAGACCCCAUUUGGCUAGAUUUUAAAAAAAUUGUGUAAUUAUUAUGAUUGUCAACAAUAAGAUAAAAGAAAAAGA